UAGAACAGAGCUCAUUGAUUAAGGAGAGACAAGUAAAGCAGAGGUAACUGGUUAUCCGCUAGAACAGAGCUCAUUGAUUAAGGAGAGACAAGUAAAGCAGAGGUAACUGGCUAUCUGCUAGAACAGAGCUUAUUGAUGAAGGAAGGAGAAGGAAGAUCAGCGGUAACUGGCUAUUAGUUAGAACAGAGCUCGUUGACGAAGGAUGGGGAAGGGAGGCUAGAAGUAACUGGCUAUUUACUAGAACGGAGCUCAUUGAUUUAGGGAAGAGAGAUGUAACUGGCUAUUAUGCAGAACAGAACUCAUUGAGGUAAAGAUGUUGCAGCCGACACAUCACAUGGUUUGUUGGGGAGAGAGAGAGAGAAAGAAAGAAAGUCCAGGAGUCAGACGAUAACUUAUCUCGGAGUCUAAUGUUAGUCGUUCUGUCAUUGUUUUGUUUCUAAUCGUAAACAAGGAAAUAAAGGACGAAAGAGAUUAAAAAAUAUAUUUAUUUACAUGGAUGUUCUGACGACCAGUUCUCGUGCUUCGUGUUUUUCCGGAGAAGAAGUAAAACGAAAAAGAAAAACAAAAAAAAACAGAUAUUGAUCUAUUGAUUUGAUAUUUUUUUAUUCUUUUUUAUAUUUUGGAUUUUAUAUAGUAUAUUUUUUAAAACCGUCACGAUGCCAAAUAAAUGAUUAUUUCGAUAAUUAAAAAAAAAAGAAGGGAUAAUAAUUGAGCGAUUAACGGAGUAACCCCUAAAAACCUAAACGGGUCUUGAGGAUGGCUGAAGCAAGGAGUGCUGUGGCUCGACCGAGGGUGGAACUCGACGAAGAUGCAACAUACCCGAGCAGAGAUGUAUUCAGAGUAUGGAGAAGGAUACUUAUCAAACGCUUCUUUAGGACGAGAAAUUUAAUUUAUAAUGGUUUAUGGCCAACGUCGGCGUGGAACUUGGGAAUACUCAUGGUGGGUCUGCUGACCCUUCUCCUUGCUCAGGACAGUCACACUUCGUUACCCAGCAGUCUCCUGUGGAGACUGGCUGACUAUUUAAAUUUACCGACAGAUCUCAACUAUGGACUGUCCGAGCUCAUCCUGGCCCUCAUUGUCGGAGUUUUCUUCUUCAUCGUUCAGCUUUACUUUCGACGUUAUCUCCUUCGGCUGCUCCUCUCCUAUCGCGGAUGGAUGUAUGAGAUGCCACGUUCUCAGGGACUACAGACGAAAUCGUGGGGCAUGUUAGUUAGGCUGGUGAGUGGCCACUCGCCCCUCCUCUACAACUGUCAGCAGAGUCUCCCUCGACUGCCCGUGCCAGCUUUAAACGACACUCUGGAUAAGUUUAUCAAGUCAAUCAUUCCACUGUACGGGGAAGACUCGGACAAGGUUAGAGAUUUGAGGGAGCAAGCCAAGAAAUUUGCCCAAUACCCUGGGCCAAAGCUACAACAAAUUUUGGUCCUAAAAUCUUGGUGGACCCCUAACUGGGUAACAGAUUGGUGGGAGAAGUACAUCUACCUCAUGGGCCGCAAUCCCCUGGCCAUUAACAGUAAUUACUACACGUUGGACCACUCUGUGUGGAAACCCACAGAAAAACAGGUUGUGAGGGCUGCUGCGACGCUGCAUGAAUUGAUGGUGUUUAAACAGAAGCUAGACAGAGAGGAGAUCAAGCCUCUCCUCAUACGUAACACGAUACCAAUAUGUAUGAGCCAGUAUGAACGCCUCUUUGCUACCACCAGGAUUCCUGGAGAAGAAAUUGAUACCCUGGUACACACAGAGUCAUCAAAGCACAUUGUCAUCCUUCGGAGAGGCCUGAUCUAUAAACUCAACAUGUACGACAUGGAUGGCAAGUUGCUGAGUGCCGCAAGUCUCCAGAAGCAAUUAGAGUGGAUCGUUGACCAUGCAGAUCAAAACCAAAAUAGCUAUUCAGAAGCAGCCAAAUCGAUUCCAGCUUUCACUGGAAUUGAACGAAAAACCUGGGCCAAAGUCCGCGAAACCUUCUUCUCAGAUGGCAUCAACAAGGAAUCACUUCAAACCAUUGAAACAGCAAUAUUUUUUGUGACCCUGGAGACGCUAUCAGCUGAGACCAUAAUGGAACGGGCCUGUUACCUUAUGCAAGGUGACGGCAGGUCAUUGUGGUUUGACAAGAGCCUCAAUUUCAUUUACUUUGCCAAUGGUCGUAUGGGACUGAACUGUGAACACUCGUAUGCUGAUGCUCCAGUGGUAGGACAUUGCCAAGAGUACGUGAUGACCAAUGAAGCAAUGUAUCCCCUGUACAAAGAUGGUGAAUUGGUUGAUGGUGAACCCCAUUUCAAACAAGGCAAGCUGAAACCCCCAUCUUUACUUCAAUGGGAUUUCCCAGAUUCCUUCAAUCCAGAAGUUAAAAUGGCAUGUUCCAUUUCACAAAAGAACCUUGAAAACAUUGAUCUGUGUGUUCGGGUCCAUAAUGCCUUCGGAAAGGGUUUCAUCAAAACUGCAAAGGUCAGCCCCGACGCAUUCAUCCAGUCGGCCCUUCAACUCACUUACUACACAUACUACGGCAAGUUGGCCCUGACUUAUGAGUCAUCGAUGACACGUCUAUACCUGCUCGGACGGACAGAGACGGUGCGGUCACUCACUUCAGAACUGGCCAGGUUUGUCAGGGCAAUGCACGACAAUAAUGUGACAAAGGAAGAGAAGAUCUCCCUCUUGCAGAAGUCCUGCGCCAUUCACCAAGGCCUCUCGGACGCCAUGAAUGGCAAGGGCGUGGACCGGCACCUGUUCGGACUCUAUGUCCUUAGUAAAGGAAUGGGUUAUGAUUGUGACUUCUUAAAAGACGCCCUCCUGAUGCCGUGGACCCUAUCGACAAGUCAACAACCACAGCAGCAGAUCGCGUCUUCCCCCCAGUGUGACUUACCCCAGUUUGAUUCAAUGCUUGGCCCAGGAGGAGGAUUUGGGCCCGUAUCUGACGAUGGUUACGGCAUUUCUUACAUGGUAGCUGGCAACAGGAAGAUCUUUUUCCACAUAUCUUCCAAGCGAUCUGCCAAAGAAACAGAUUCGUCGAAAUUCAUGGAUCUCUUGUUCCAGAGCAUGGAUGACAUGAAGAAGCUAUUUGAUCCGUAACCCUGGAGGAGGAGGAGGAAGAAGAGGAGGAGCAUUUGGUUGUGUUGGUGUUGGUGUUGACCAUAGAUUCUUAAUGGUGUGCUGGCUUGGUGGCCGUGUGGUGGUGGAGGUCACCUACAUUGGUCAGCCACUCACGUUUACCCAUAAACCAACAUACGAGAGGUGCAUUCCAGAAGUUUGAGACUUUUUCCAGAGAGACAUCCAUUAAUUUCUUACAAAUACAAAUUUCUAAUCUCCUUUGUGACGGCUUCAUAGAAGCCCUCCAAAGUGAAAGUGAAAGUAUUCUUUUUCAUCUUCUUCAUCUCUUCAAAAUGCCUGGAACAACCAAAAGUUAUACGGAACAAAGUCUGGACUGUAGGAGGAGUGAAGGACGGUUUUUUUCUCUGUCAAGGAGUUGGUUACCAAACUGGUCAGCUGUGACAGGGAGCGCUUAGGGCUGAUACAGCUGUCCCCUUCAAUUUAGAUGAACAAAAGGUUGGCAGGUCAGCUUAUUAAUAAUGAUAACAAUAAAAGGACAAUAUUGUAGGACAGAUAGAACUAAAAAUAGUCUCAAAACUUCUGGAAUGCAUCGCGUAGUCAGCAGUGUUGAGUAAGGUAUGUUCAAAGGGCCAAUACAGUUGUCUCCUUUGGUCUGGAAAAACAAAAGGUUGGCAAGUCAACUUAUUAGAGGACAUACUAAAUUUGCAAUAACUAAAAUUACAAUAACUUAGGACAGUCAGAACAGCUUCUAAAAGGAGAGUCUCAAAACUUCUGGAAUGCACCUCGUAUGUUCCCUAACAGGGACAGAACAGAAAAAUCCUUCGUUCCGCUACUACCGACAUCAACACCAUACACCAUGCUGUCUUAUCACUCUAUCUCUCCAACACCACCACCCACCACCACCACCACUACUACUAUGCUGCCACUCGGCUCUCUGCGACUGAGUGCUCAUCGAAUGUCACCUCCACUUGCACUCACACUCGACUUGAGUCUACUCUUUCUAGUCCUACAUGUUAUACACACCCACCGCAACCGCCCCCCACCGUUAACCCUAACACCUCCCUCUAAACUAGCCACAGCUUAGGGUUUCGCAACUUGAAGAGGCCUUGAAAUAAUUAAAAUCUGUAUAUACAUCUAUGUAUGUAUGUAUGUAUGUAUGUAUAUAUUAUAUAUAUAUAU